AUGCAGGAGCCAACCUACGACCCCGAAUGCCCCAUGGCAAAGCUUACCAUCGGCUACCAAUAUAAAUUGGUCAACUGCCCCGGAAUGACUGUUGUUGGCCUGCUUGUUGAAUAUCCUCCCAAGGGCGCCACACCGCCUCAUCGUCAUGGGGGCGCCUCUGUAUCUGCCUACGUCCUUCAGGGCGCCGUCCUGAACAAAAUGAACGACGACCCGAUGGAAGUGGUCGAGAAAGGUGGAUCGUGGUAUGAGGCUCCGGGCUGUCAUCACCGCAUCAGCGCCAAUGCCAGUCAGACUGAACCGGCAUCGUUUUUCGUGACAAUGGUCAUCGAAACAGAAAAGUUGGAGAGAGAAGGUCCAUCAGUGCUGGUGCAAUACGACGAAGAAUACAAGGAUAUUGUGGCACGAAAGAUGCAGGAGGAAUCUCAGUAG